UCUCAUAACAGGGUUUUUUAAAUGUUAUUUUAAUUCAUAAUAUAGUAAAAUAAAUUUUAAUAAUCUAAUAAACAAAUUAAACAGAGUGGUAUGUUUUUCAUAUAAAUAUUAAGCAGGUACUCAUAAGGAUUGCAAGGGAAAAAAUAUCUGUAAAGAAAGAAGUGUAAAGGUUAAAAAUGGUUUUUAAAUUCCGUAGAAGAAUAACCCUAGUUUUGUGUGCUGCGUGUAUAAUACUAUGUUUAUUCCUUUACAUACUUAUUAAUUUUUCGGUUCCAACUAUUAAGCAACCUGAUAAUGAUAUAAACUUGGAGCAAACGGAAUAUAAGGACUUUAUGCAACAAGCAUUAAAGAGAAACGAAUUUGAUGAUAAUGGAAAACUGGUAAUUGAAGAACCAAAUUUUAUUGACCACGAAAGCAAUGUGAAGCAAAAAUUUCUUAAUAACAAUGCAUUUUUGAAUAAAAAAGAAAUGUUUCAUGAGAUGAUAAUUGAUGUAAAAGAUUUCUCAAAAUGUCCGAUAAAUACCGAAAUAGUUCCAAAGCCUGAUAUACAGAUGCUUGAUGUAUAUCAAGAAGUUCCAUUUGAUAAUCCUGAUGGCGGCGUAUGGAAGCAAGGAUGGAAAGUUGAAUAUGAUCCUAAACAAUUUAACAGGCAUCAUAAGCUAAAAGUUUUUGUUGUCCCACAUUCGCAUAAUGACCCAGGCUGGCUGAAAACGUUCGACGACUAUUUUGAGUACACAACCAAGCAAAUUUUGUCCAAUGCUGUAAGACAUUUGACAGAAAAUUCGGAUAUGAGAUUUAUUUGGGCCGAAAUAUCAUAUUUUUCACGAUUCUAUGAGAGAAUUUCAGAAGUUUCAAAGUUGCAAGUAAAAAAGCUAGUAAAAAACAGGCAACUUGAAUUCGUAACUGGAGGCUGGGUCAUGCCAGAUGAAGCGAAUUCGCACUGGUUAAGUAUUUUGAUGCAGUUGACUGAAGGGCAAGAGUGGUUAAAAGUUUUUUUGAAUGUAACUCCAAUAUCAUCUUGGUCAAUAGAUCCUUUUGGACAAAGUCCGACAAUGCCAUUUAUUUUGAAAAAUUCGGGUUUUGAAAAUUUGUUAAUUCAACGAACGCAUUAUUCAGUUAAAAAACGAUUAGCAAAAGAAAAGCAGCUAGAGUUUCGUUGGAGACAAAUUUGGGAUGAUUCUGGAGAAACAGAUUUAUUAACCCACAUGAUGCCCUUUUACUCUUAUGACAUUCCCCACACAUGUGGACCGGAUCCCAAGAUUUGCUGUCAAUUUGAUUUCAAACGCUUACCUCGUUUUGGAAUACAGUGUCCAUGGAAUGCCGCUCCUCAGCAGAUAAAUGACUUAAAUAUAGUAGAAAGGGCCAAUUUAAUUGUUGAUCAAUGGCGCAAAAAAUCAGUAUUAUAUAAAACACGUUCUGUCUUAAUACCUUUAGGUGAUGAUUUUCGCUAUAGUCAAAGCACUGAGUGGAAAGCCCAACGAGAAAAUUAUGAGAAACUUUUUGACUACAUAAAUGGAGAUCCAAAUAUGUUUGUUGAAGCAAAAUUUGCUACUCUUCAAGACUACUUUGACUCUUUAAGAAAAGAAAGAAAUGAAAAUGAAUUUCCAUCUUUAAGUGGAGACUUUUUUACUUAUGCUGACAGAGAUGAUCACUACUGGAGCGGUUACUAUACGUCAAGACCAUACCAUAAGCGAAUGGAUAGAGUUUUACUACACUACAUACGAUCUGCAGAGAUGCUGAGAUCUUGGUUGAGUUGGGAAUCCCAAUCGAAAAUGGAUGAACUUUUGCAAAAUGCAAGAAGGCAAUUGUCUCUUUUUCAACAUCAUGAUGGGAUCACUGGCACGGCAAAAGACUUUGUGGUAGAAGAUUACGCAAAACGUAUGCAACAAGCUAUUAAAGACAGCAGGCAUGUUAUGCAACAAGCUAUUUAUAAGUUGCUUACCAAUCCCGAAGUAUAUUCUCCUAAUUAUGAUAUGACAUAUUUUUUCAUGGACGACUCACGCUGGCCUAGUCCGGAUGAUAGUCGAACAACUAUAAUUUUAGGUGAAGAGUUACCGACAAAAUAUGUAGUUUUCCACAAUUCACUACCGCAAUGGCGCGAAGAAAUUGUAGAAUUUUUUGUUUCAAAUCCUUAUGUCGAAGUUACCGAUUACAACAUGAAUAAAAUUCCAGCACAAGUUUCAUUUGUUUGGUGCUGGCAUAAGGGAUUGCAAAAUAGUGCCUCUAUUCCACAACCAUCCACAACCAAAUUUCGGUUGAUAUUUAAAGUACGGGUACCACCUUUAGGCUUGAUAACGUACAUAGUCCAUAAAUCUAAAAGAAAUGAGCCAAACAGUUCAACGACGUUUUCAAAAAAUACUAUUCUAACAACAGAACCGUUUACAGUGCAACAUGGAGAGUUUCCGAAUCAAGUUGAGUUUGCUGAACCUAGAGAAAUUUCUUUACAGCUUGAAGAUGGCCCGAUUGUUGCAUUUAGCCAAAAUGGUUUGUUAAAGUCGAUAGCAAAAGAUGCUCAUUCUACACAUUUUCCUACGCAUUUGGAAUUUUUAAAAUAUGUGACGAAUCGCCGUAGUGGUGCAUAUUUAUUUUUACCCGAUGGGCCAGCAACUAGGUUAUCUAUUGGGAGUCCUACAGUUUUAAUUCAACAAGGUGAUUUGGAGUCAUCCGUUUCAACGGGACUUCCAUUUGCAACGCAUUCUAUAAUUUUAAGGAAUAAUGUUGGCUCCAUAGAAAUUCGCAAUAUUGUGGAUAUAGGAAGGAUGGAUAAUAAUGAAAUUAUAAUGAGAAUUUCAACCGGAAUUAAAAAUAAUGAAGUUUUUUACACAGAUUUGAAUGGGCUUCAAAUUAUUAAGCGCAAAAGGUUCGGGAAAUUGCCUCUUCAAGCUAAUUAUUAUCCAGUUCCGUCAUCUAUUUACAUAGAGGAUGAUAAAACUAGACUUACGUUAUUAAGUGCUCAGCCUUUAGGCGGUUCUAGUCUUAAAUCGGGUGAAAUAGAAAUAAUGCAAGACCGCCGAUUAGCCCAAGAUGAUAACCGGGGUCUUGGUCAAGGUGUUUUGGAUAAUAAACCAGUAAUCCAUAUAUUCCGUUUGUUAUUAGAAGAUAGAAGUUCAUGCAAUCAAAAACCACAUACCGAUUUUCCUGGUGGUUUUCUUACUACUAAAUCUCACAAAGAACUAGAAACUUUAUUACAUCCAAUUGACAGUUUUAUGUGGAAUGAAAAUCAAUGGAAUGGCUUGUUAGGAAUAUUUGGUAAAAAAAAUGAACCACUGGAAGAUGGAAUAGAGAUUGGCGUUUUAAAAUAUAUAUCAGUGAACACAAUACCAAGUGGAAGUAAUUUAAAUGGUCAUAUUGGCAUUGUGAUCCAUCGAAAAUACUUGGAUGAAUGUUCUUCUGGUAGUAGAAUAGGAGAUGGAACAGUAAAUCUGAUAAGGUUGCUAGAUCUUAAAACAGAAUCGAAAAUAUUCGCAGCUCCUUUGACAUUAUUACGUAAGGAAAAGAAAAUAUCUAAUCAUGAUAUUAGUUUAUGCCCAAUGGAUCUUAAAUCUUUUAUUAUUGAAAGAUGACCGGUCAAUAAUAAAGAAUAUUUGCUUUAAAUUAUAUAUGUAAAGAAAAUUAUAAAAAAAUUUUAUAAUGAGAUUCGAACAAAAUUAAUUUAGGAAUACAUACAAGCUUUUUUUAUGUGAUAUACGUAAAGAAUAAAAUAUUAUUUAAUUACAAUUAUUUUUUGUUAAGAACUUUAGUAGCAAGUUUAGUUAAUUAAUUUUUUUGGUGAGUUUAGAUUAAAAAAAACCAUGAAAUCUGGUUUAUUGAAAAUACAAAUUAUAAAUUGAUGUAAUGAACAUGAUGCAAAAAUUUCAUUUUCUUAUAAUUAUAUAAUUAAUUACAAAUUCUUAAUUGGGAAAAGAAAAAUUGUGAUUAAAAACUUUUAUUUGUAGCUUAAUAAUUAAAUUAUUAGUUUCUAAAUAUUUCGAAUUUUUUUAAUUUAUUAGAAAUCAAUUGAACAGUCUAAUUUAGUAUAUGUACAUACUCACAUAAUCUGUCGAAUAAAGUUUUUUUUUGUGAUAUUUCAAUAUAUUAAUAAUAAGAUUUUGUAAAUAACUAUUUUGUGUGAAAUACUUAUGAACAAUUUUAUAAGUAUCAAUAUUUUUUAUGUAAAAAGUUUUGCGGACUCACCAAACGUUUUUUUAUUGUUAAUAACGCGUUUAAAAAAUUAUAUAAACAUCUCGAAUAAACAAUUACUUGAA